AUGGACAAGCUACACAAUUUCAUUGCCAGCGUGACUGGUCAAGAGAAGAUCGGUUUCAUUGACUCGUCGCAAACCUCACUUUAUGUGGCAGCGGCAGCAAUAGCCUUCAACCCUAUCUUCUGGAAUAUUGUUGCGAGACAAGGCAAGCCAGGCUUCAUCUUUGGCUCGCCGUACUAUGGCUGCUAUGCACUAGCAGUCACGAUAUUCUCUUUGGGCAUUUUCCGCGACUCUUUAUACAAGACGGCACUUGACGAACAACCACUCUAUCCCCCUAUCCAUCAGCCAAUUGCAGGGAUUGCAUGCUUUGUCGCUGGGAAUGUUCUUGUUCUAUCGAGUAUGUGGGCCUUAGGUGUCACUGGCACGUAUCUAGGCGACUAUUUCGGCAUCUUGAUGGACUCCAAGGUCGAAGGCUUCCCUUUCAAUGUAACUGGUGCUCCUAUGUACUGGGGCAGCACUUUGUCGUUUCUGGGAACCGCACUAUACACAGGCCGGGCCGCUGGCGUUCUGCUCACUCUUGAAGUCUUUGUGCUAUACUUGUUGGCAUUGCAAUUCGAAGAUCCUUUCACCGCCGCGAUUUAUGCAAAGAAGAACGCCAGACCCGUGACGCGAUCAAUGACGAAACAGAAGGAUCGCAAGAAGGCAUGA